AUGCGGUACAUUCACUCCGAGGAACGGCUGCCCAUUCUGGACAAUGUGAAGGUCCACAUUAAGUCCCGCGUCGUGACUGUCGAGGGUCCCCGUGGCAAGCUGGUCAAGGAUCUCUCCCACAUUGCCGUCACCUUCGGCCGCCCCGAGCAGAACGUUAUCUCCAUCGAGCUGCACCACGGUGCCCGCAAGGGUGUUGCUACCCUCCGUACCGUCCGCACCAUCAUUAACAACUUGAUGAUCGGCGUUACCCGUGGCUUCAAGUACAAGAUGCGUUACGUCUACGCCCAUUUCCCCAUCAAUGUCAACAUUGAGCCCAACCCAGAGACUGGUCGCGCUAUUGUGGAGAUCCGGUAUGGAAGCCCUGGAAACUACAGUUUUUUACGAUAUGAUUUUCGCAAUCAUGCCGUGAAGAUCAAUUGUGAUGGAACUAGAACUAACGUUUUUGCUAUCAGUAACUUCCUCGGUGAGAAGUACGUUCGCCGCAUUGUCGCCCAGCCCGAUGUCGAUAUCGCUCCCUCCGCCAACGUCAAGGAUGAGCUUAUCCUCACCGGUAACUCCCUCGAGGGUGUGUCCCAGUCCGCUGCCGACAUCCAGCAGAUCUGCCGUGUCCGCAACAAGGAUAUCCGUAAGUUCUUGGAUGGUCUUUACGUGUCGGAGAAGGGCAACAUCAUUGAAGAGUAA